AUGGGAUCUCAGUCUGCCUCCGCACCAAUGCAAUACGUUGCUUACCUCCAUCCUGACUUGGUCGUUCCUCGUAUUGGUCAUUUUGACCUGGCCAAGGGGACCAUCCAGCCUCUGAGCUUCACGUCCGGGACUCCAGUGACGGACCUUUAUGAAGUCAUUGCUGCAGGAACCUCGCAGAUCAGUUUCGACUCUACUGGCGACGUGCUAUUGGCCGAAAACGUCAAGUUACUGCCCACCAUUUCUGGCCGAGACAUUCUGGCUGUAGGCAAGAAUUAUAUGGAGCAUGCCAAGGAGUUCAAUAGCUCCGGGUAUGACAGCUCUGAUAAGACCGACCGACCGAGCCAUCCAGUCAUCUUUACAAAGAGGGCUACAUCCAUUAUCGCUCAUGGGGAGACUAUACUUCCUCACAUCGACUUUUCGCAAACUAUCGAUUACGAGGGAGAAAUCGGCGUUAUUGUUGGAAAGACAGGUUACCGUGUCGAUGAAGCUAAUGCAUGGGACCAUGUCUGGGGCUAUACUAUCAUCAACGACAUGACUGCACGUGAGCGCCAGCGCGAUCACAAGCAGUUCUUUAUUGGAAAGUCACCCGAUACCUUUUGCCCUAUCGGCCCUAUUGCUGUCUCGAAAGAUGACCUGCCAUCUACUCUAAAGAUUCAAACCCAUGUCAAUGGCGAGCUUAGGCAAAGCUCUACAACAGAAGAUCUCAUCUUUUCCAUUCCUACCUUGAUUAAGACUAUUUCUGAGGGUCAGACAUUGCAACCUGGUGAUGUAAUUGCUACCGGUACUCCCGCCGGCGUUGGCAUUGGUAAAACCCCACCUGUUUUUCUCCAGCCUGGUGAUGAGAUUUCCGUCUCGGUCACAGGACUGGGAACCCUAUCCAACAAGAUCGGAACAGCAGACACCACCAACCCAACAGUCGAGCGAGUGUCUUCCAACUCGCCAUUUCGCAUCACCAACUUGGCCAAGACACUCGGCGCCGGUAUUGGGCUGACCGAGAUCAAUGGCAAGCAACUCAACUACAAGAGACAAGGGUCCGGAAGUAACCACAUUGUCUUCGUGCACGGUCUAGGCGGCACUAUGGAAUACUGGACUCCUUUGAUCUCUAAGCUCUCCCUGUCUGAUUACUCUUUUCACUUGUUUGACUUGGAAGGCCAUGGUCUUAGCCCGACACAUCCUCUAAGUAAGCUGAGUAUCGAGUCAUUUGCGUCGGAUAUUCGAUCCAUCUUCAACGUGGCCAAGAUUUCUACUUCGGCCACCCUAUUUGCCCACUCUCUUGGAUGCCUAGCAGCCCUCAAAUUCACACUAGACAACCCUGAACUUGUGGACAAGUUGGUUCUCGCUGGGCCCCCUCCGUCACCUCUAACAGAUGCAGCAUCCAAGGACGCGUAUGCCCGUGCGGCCGUUGUCAGAACAAAGGGCAUGCAAGCUGUUGUAGAUGCUGUAGUGGAUGCGGGAACAUCAGAGCACUCUAAGCAGGAGAACCCCAUCGCGAUCGCUGCCGUUAGACUGAGUCUUCUCGGUCAGGAUCCUGAAUCAUAUGCCAAAGCACUUGGGGCACUUGCUGGAGCCACCACGGAGCUCGAGGUAGAGCAAGUACAAGCCAAGACCCUCAUUAUCACGGGUGUCGAAGACAAGGUCUCGUCCGUCGCUCUAUGCGAGACUUAUGCGUCUCGCAUACAAGGUGCUCAACUUGUGGUGCUCGACAAUGUUGGCCAUUGGCAUGUUUAUGAGGCCGUUGAUGGUGUUGCUAAUGCUGUAAAGGCAUUCCUGUGA